UGAAGUUUUAUAGUGAGAAUGACCACAGGUACCUUUCAUAUGAAGGUACAUUUCUCUCGCUUUUGAGAAUAAUAAGAUGACGAAAAUCUUUCUUAGCAGUGGUAAGUAAAAUAGCCUGAUGAUUGCACGAUAACUUCGUCAUAGCAAAAAAUUGACCUCUCACUACACUAGUAUAAAAAAAAAAAUAAACCAGCGUAGAGCUAUUUUUUUUAUAACAUAACGUUUUAUUUCAGAAAUUUGCUGUUGAAACGACUUUCUAAGAGAAUAUUGUAUAGAAUCUAUUACAGUAGCACUGCGCAAUUUCGACUGUGCAGCUUUCUACUAAUAAUUUGCAAGAAACUGUCUGUCUCUACAAAUUGAUGCUUAAUAUUGCAAUCGAUUGCAGACGACUUAUCUCCCCGGUUUGAUAAUGAAAACGUAACAGUGACAGUGUGCGUUUCGCGGAGCCUCUUUGAAACGGAAUUUCUUAUAAGCAAACGACUAUGGAUCUAUACCCCGAGUGAAGUGAAUCUUACUGUUAUAAACUGACGAUUCUAGAUGAGAGGCGAGAUGGACAGUACCGACAAGUUCUUUCGAGAAUCGCAAUAUAAUAUUAUGCGGCUUCUAUUGAGUUUCAGCGGUCUAUGGCCCUUCCAUAGCAGAGCCACUCGUUACGCAAUUUAUUGCGGAUACCUGUUAGUGAUGGGAUCUAGCUUCACGUUCCAGGUGUUGGGUAUGCUCGAGGUUCGGUCGGAUAUUUUCGAGGUGAUCGAUUUUUUACCAUUGGCAAUUAACUAUACGUACGUUAUAGCGAAAGUGAUCUACAUUGCAUGUACCUUACCUAAGCUCAAGAUUCUGCUGAUGAAAAUAAAAGUGCAUUGGGCCUCCCCGAAGACGAACGAAGAGACUAUAAUUCUGCGUUCUUAUGCGACAUAUGGACGAAAGUUUAGUUACGUGUUAACAGGUAAAUGUAUCGACUAAAUGUGACUAAAACGUGGAUUUAUUACUGUUACUGAAUGCAAAAAACACUAAAUAUCUGAUCAAUUGAAAAGCUCGGACAAAAGUUAAAGUCAGUGAAAAGUGAAAUAUUUCCUUCUUUAACCGCGGACAACUUUUAUAAUAAAGUGAAAUUUAAGUAAUAUACCUAAAACUUCUACAGUACAAAGAAUGUUGCUAAAACGUCGAUAAAAGAUAACAGACAAUGACGGCGAUAACUUGGUCGAUGAACUAUUGGUUCCCAUUGAAUGCAACAAUGAAUAAAUUCACGUCUCUC